AUGGAUAAAGUGGGAAAGAUGUGGAACAAUUUCAAGUACAGGUGCCAGAAUCUCUUCGGUCAUGAGGGUGGAAGCCAAAAUGAAAAUGUAGUUGUGAACUCCAGUAGUUGUUCAUCUGCUAAAGAGAAAGCUAUCCAGAUAACCGAUUUGGCUCAACAGCAACCCAGCAGCCCUUUGAGAGAAAACAUUGCUUUGCAAUUAGGUUUAAGUCCUUCAAAGAAUUCGGCAAGGCGGAACCAAAACUGUGUCACAGAAAUUCCUCAGAUUGUUGAAAUAAGCAUUGAGAAGGAGAAUGACUCGUGUGUCACCACGGGAGCUAGGCUUGCUCGAAGGGACUCUUAUUCUCGGCAUGCUCCUUGGGGUGGGAAGAAGAAGCAUUCCUGCUCUACCAAAACGCAGAGCUCCUUGGAUACUGAAAAAAGAUUUGGUAGAACACGAAGUGGUUUGCAGAGGAGGGAGAGAAGGUAUGGGGUGAGCUCUGUCCAUGAUAUGGAUGCAGUAUCAAACAGGACAGUAGGUAGCCGUUCUCUGCGACAGCGUCUACAAGAUACUGUUGGGCUGUGUUUUCCCAUGAGAACUUACAGCAAACAGUCCAAACCUCUGUUUUCUAACAAAAGAAAGAUCCAUCUCUCUGAACUAAUGCUUGAGAAAUGCCCUUUUCCUGCAGGCUCCGAUCUGGCUCAGAAGUGGCAUCUGAUUAAACAGCACACAGCGCCUGUGAGUCCUCAUUCAACUUUUUUUGACACAUUUGAUCCUUCCUUGAUUUCAACAGAAGAUGAAGAAGACAGGCUUAGAGAGCGACGUAGACUUAGUAUUGAAGAAGGGGUUGAUCCCCCUCCCAAUGCCCAAAUACAUACGUUUGAAGCUACAGCACAGGUUAAUCCGUUGUAUAAACUGGGACCAAAGUUAGCCCCUGGGAUGACUGAGCUGACCGGGGACAAAAACAUAACACCUCCAGGGAACUGUGACUCUGAAGAGGACACAACAACGCUUUGUCUGCAGUCACGCAGGCAGAAACAGCGUCAGAUGUCUGGAGAGAACCACGGCCAUAUCAGCAGGCAGGGGGCUUGGAAGGUGCAUACUCAAAUUGAUUACAUCCAUUGCCUUGUGCCAGACUUACUUCAGAUCACAGGUAACCCGUGUUACUGGGGUGUGAUGGACCGCUAUGAAGCAGAAGCACUUCUGGAGGGUAAACCCGAAGGCACUUUUUUGCUCAGGGAUUCUGCGCAGGAGGACUACCUCUUCUCUGUGAGCUUCCGUCGUUAUAACCGAUCGCUACACGCACGCAUUGAGCAGUGGAAUCACAACUUUAGUUUCGAUGCCCACGAUCCCUGUGUGUUUCACUCCUCCACUGUUACAGGGCUUCUGGAACACUACAAAGACCCUAGCUCCUGCAUGUUCUUUGAACCGUUACUUACUGUAUCUCUGAACAGGACUUUCCCCUUUAGUCUGCAGUAUAUCUGCCGGGCAGUAAUCUGCAGGUGCACUACGUAUGAUGGAAUUGAUGACCUUCCUCUACCCUCAAUGUUGCAAGACUUUCUAAAGGAGUAUCACUAUAAACAAAAAGUCAGGGUGCGAUGGCUGGAGCGGGAACCUAUAAAAGCAAAGUAAAUGGAAAUCGGAAUAAGCUUCUAGAAUAUGCUUUUUUGUGUGUGUGUUACAGUUUAACUGCAGCGAGCGCACCAACAAUGUCUAGCUUUUCUGCAAUAUCCUAUUUAAGCUGAGUGUUAGUAUCCUGUCAGAUGCUGCCUGCUGUUAAUCAAACCGAGUUGUGAUGCCUCUUGGAAACAAUAAGCAGACACAAUUCUGCACGUUUUUCAUUAAGGCCUAAUGAAAAUAUUUUUGCUAAUUUCUUAAUAUUUUUGUUUCCCUUUUAUAGCUGUAGUAAUUGGAUGAAGAAACUAUGAGGCAUUUUUCCAUGGGGCAUUCAUGUAAUGCUAAUAAAGAAAUGCUUUAUUAGAGGAGCAUUUUUGCUAAUAUUUGAAGUAUUUUUUUAAAAUUAUCUUCUUGAAAACUUUCCACUACUCAAAGUGCUAAUUUAGCUCACAAACAAGUUUCCAAAUACUAGUGAAUAAGAGUACUUUCUUUUAAUGAAGAGCAGUUCAUUAGAAGCAGUCCAUUAAGAGUUAAUGGUGUUUUGAUGCUAACAGAUGAAUCGUGCUUUUCUCAGUGUAUAAGGUUUCCUAAUCAUUAAGACUUGAAUAUGCCUGCUCAGUACUGUAAUUCUAUUUUAAACACUUGGAGAUUUAAGUGGCAUUGUUAGCAAAAGUAAUACUGUCUUGGACAGUUAAAUACCUUCCAGUGUGAAUUACUGAUUCAGUGGCAUUUAGAUUACUGCCAUGACACAAAAGGUGGUGUUUUUUUCUAAAACAGAAUUCGGUGGCCUGACUGUUUGUAACUUACAAUGGAAGGUAAUAGUCAGGAGAAAAAAAUGUUUAUUAUUUAAAGUUGUCUGAUAUUUUUAUGGAGAAAAUGAUGAGGGGUUGAAUUAUUAUAAUCAGAAUACAAGAUCUGACAUGUCUGAAAUAAAUGUCAGGUUUCAAAGGUACUGUUACACUUUACUUGUAAAUAUCUUUCCAUUUGCUCUUUUUAAAAUGUUUUAAAGUAAUAUGCACUGAUUAUAGUUUCAACAGAUUACUUGGAAACAAGAUUCUAAGUUCUGUUUGCUUAUUUAAUCAGAGAUGGAACUUAAAAUAGUUCUGUCUUCGACAUUUUUGCACUAAAAUUUUGUUGGAAUGCCCUGACCCCUGUUUAGUGUUUUGUACCAAUUAUGAGUGCUCCCUAGUUUCUUUACCAGCUGCUACAGUAUGUUCUUACUUACUUCUCUAUGGCAGUGACCUGUGCAAGGUAGGGAACAUUUUGGCUGCAAAUACAAUAAACGUUAUUCUUGUAUGCUACACUAACCCUUCUAUUGAUGUAUUUUUCUGCUUGCUGUGCCUUGUUCUGGCUUUUUGUGCUAAUAAAGUACAGUAUGUUCAGUGUUAUACUUGUAUAUCUGCUCUGUUUUUAUAUAUUCACGUAACUUGUAGCAGUUAACUGAAUUUUUAAUAGGCUUUUCUUGGUCCUUAGUGUAGGUAAUGCACAAAUA